AUGGUGAGGAGGCGGGCGAUGCACAAGGAGGGUUCAGAACCAGGAAGGGUUGUCCAGGAGUGCUGCGUCCGGGAGGAGGUACAGCGUCGGGUGGAGGUGGAGAGGGAUGGAGGGAUGGUGGAGGUGUGUACAGUCAGCCGUAGCUGCAGCCGCAGUGAGCUCAAUCUGAGUGCCACAGACAACCAGGGGGAGGAGCGUCCUCUGUCUAGCUCUUCCCACGUACUCCAGGUGCUUCAGGAAGAUGUGGAUGACUUCCCUCCAAGCGCCUCACACUGCAGCCAUAGCAACAACCCACCACAACCGCUCCCCUUGACUCCGCGACCUCCCAGCCACUUGUCCACUUCCUCCAGGAGCAGGAAACACACCCCUGCCCCUACCCCUACCCCACAGGGAGAGGAGGGGGGAGAGGGGGAAGAGGAAAGGCGUGACAUGGGUGAGGAGAGGGCUAGCAGAGCCUCCUCCCGACGCUCUUGUCACUCGUGCUCCUGCUGUAGUGGAGAGGUCACCCCUCAGGCCGACCAGGAGAGGGCGGAGUGCUCGCGGUCAAAGGCCAGCCAAGCCUCCCACAGAUCCAGAUCCUUCAACAGAUCCAGAUCUCCCUCCAACAGAAUCAGAACCCCUGUGGCUUCAGAGGAGGGAGAUGAUGAAGAUGAUGAGGAGGAGAGACCAGUCAGCGUUAUGUCCACUCACAUCGGCCUCUCCGGGGGAUCGGGGGGGUCAGUGGGGUCUAUGGUGCCCAGUGUGUGUCCUCACUGUGGGGGGUGUGACCAUAGGUCCAGCCCUGCAUCCUGCCCCUCACAGAGGUCACAGCGAUCUAAAUGUGAAGAGGAGAGGUCAGGGAGCGGACUCUCGGGUGGCUCAGAUGAGUCCGGUUUUUCUCAGAGGACCAACAGGUCCAACUGUACCCACUACUACCAAGAGGGCCGAGCAGCCAGCAGAAUGUCACACCUGUCUCUGCCCGAGGAGGGAGAGGAAACAGGGAAGGAGGGAGAGGUAGAGGAGGGAGAGAAAAGAGAGGAGGGGGAGAAAGAGGAGAGAGCAGCCAGCGCCCUCUCAGCCAAAUCCUUCUCUUCAGUCAAGGGCAGGAACUCCAGAACCUCCCAUAAGUCUAAGGCCUCAGAAUCCCUUGCAGACAUGGAGGAAGAGAUGGAGGGAGAGAUGGAGGGAGAGAUGGAGGGAGAAGUGGAAGAGGGAGAGGUAGAAGAGGGAAGAGAGCAGAGAGCAGCAAGUGCCAUGUCAGCUAAUUGUAACCUCUCAGGAAAGUCCAACAGCAAAGCAGAACGGGCCCCUUCCCCCAACUUACCAGAGGCACCAGUUACUGAUGAGGUGAGAGAGGGGAGACCAGCAAGCGCCAUAUCGGCCAAGUCUAGCAGGUCUCAUAAGUCUACCUGUAGAAAAGCAGAUGGGUCCACCAAAGCUUCAGAGAGGGCAGCAUCUCCCAGAUCAGAACCAGAAGCUGCUGAGGAUACCGGAGCAGCAGAGACAGAGGACAGAGCAGCCAGUGUCAUGUCAGCUAAAACCAGUGCUUCAGCAAAGUCCAGCAGAUCUCAUAAGUCUACCCGGAGUCAGAGUUUUAGGGCUGCUUCAGCUGAAGUCCCUGCUAUUGAGACAACGGGUGAAGAGGUAGAAGAGGGAGAGAAAACAGAGGAGAGGGCAGAGAGCUCCAUGUCAGCUAAAUCGAACCUCUCAGCAAAGUCCAACAGGUCCCGUAAGUCUGCCUGCAGCAAAGCAGAACAGGCCCCUUCCCCCAACUCACUAGAGGCACCAACCACUGAACCUGGUGUGGUUGAGGAGGGAGAGAGAGCAGCGAGCGCCAUGUCAGCUGAAACCAGGGCUUCAGCAAAGUCCAGCAGAUCCCACAAGUCCACCUGCAACAGGAGUGUUAGGGCUGAGACACCUGUUGCUAAAGACAUCCCUGCUAUUAAAACAACAGAAGGAGAUGAGAAUGGAUCAGCUGCUGCUGCUGCCGGAGACACAGAGGAGAGACCAGCGAGCGCCAUGACGGCUAAAACUAACGCUUCAGUUAAGUCUAGCAGAUCUCAUAAGUCUAAAGCUUCAGAUAGGGCUGUCUCUAAAGGGGCUAACAUCCCGGCUAUCGAAACAACAGUGAAAUCUAGCAGAUCUCAUAAGUCCACCUGCAGCAAAGCAGAACGGGCCUCUUCCCCCAACUCACCAACUGAACGGGCCCCUUCCCCCAACUCACCAACUGAACGGGCCCCUUCCCCGAACUCACCAACUGAACGGGCCCCUUCCCCCAACUCACCAACUGAACGGGCCCCUUCCCCCAACUCACCAACUGAACGGGCCCCUUCCCCGAACUCACCAACUGAACGGGCCCCUUCCCCCAACUCACCAACUGAACGGGCCCCUUCCCCGAACUCACCAGAGGUAGCAGCUUCUGCUGUAGAUGAGGAGGGAGAGAGAGCAGCGAGCGCCACGUCUGCUAAAACCAGGGCUUCAGCAAAGUGCAGCAGAUCCCACAAGUCCACCUGCAGUAGGACUGUUAGGGCUGAGACUCCAGGGACUAAAGACAUCCCUGCUAUUACGACGACAGGGGGAGAUGAGACGGUUGACGAUACAGCCGCUGCUGGAGACACGGAGGUGAUACCAGCGAGCGCCAUCUCAGCUAAAACCAGCGCUUCAGUCAAGUCCAGCGGCAGAAGGGCUAAGACUCCAAGCUCCCGACCAGCCGAUGUCCCUGUUAUCGAAACAAAAGGAGGAGAGGAGAAGGAGAGACCAGCGAGCGUCAUGUCAGCUAAAUCCACCGCCUCUGUCAUGUCCACCAGGUCUCGUAAGUCUACCAGCAGUAGGAGGGCUGAACCAGCUGCAGAACCAGCUGACGUCCCUGUUAUUGAGACCACCGGAGGAGACAAGAAGGGAGAGGGGACAGAGAGACCAGCGAGCGCCAUGUCAGCUAAAUCCACCGCCUCUGUCAUGUCCACCAGGUCUCGUAAGUCUACCAGCAGUAGGAGGGCUGAACCAGCUGCAGAACCAGCUGACGUCCCUGUUAUUGAGACCACCGGAGGAGACAAGAAGGGAGAAGGGACAGAGAGACCAGCGAGCGCCAUGUCGACUAAAUCCAACGUUUCAGCAAAGUCCAGCAGGUCUCACAAGUCCACCUUUAAUAGUGGAAGUACGAGAGCGGUUUCUCCAGCAGCUAAAACAGCAGAACUCCCCACCAUUGAAACAACAGGGGUUGACGGGGAGGGAGAGAAAACAGGGGAGAGAUCAGCUAGCGCCAUGUCGGCUAAAUCUCACGUCUCAGCUAAAUCCAGUACAUCUAAUAAGUCUAAUGGCAGUAAUAGAAUUAUGUUUCCACAUCUGAAAAAAGAGAGAGGUGAGAGAGGUGUUAUACCUGCCCCCAGCACUACAGGAGAUGACCUUGAGACAGGCAGUGUGAAAUCUGCCGUGAGCACAAAACCCAAAAGUAAAGCAGAUUCCUCAACCACCAGAGCACCACAGGCCAGUGCUAAAUCUACCAAUCAGACACCGCCUGCCACCACCGAGACAGCCAAUGAGGAGUCUCAAAGUCAAGCCGCCAGCAAGGCUGCAGACAGAGUUGAUGAUGUCGGAAAUGAUGUCACAGAGGAGAAAGCGUCCAGCGUACGCUCUAAAGCAGCUGGAGACUCCAGGCCUGCAUCUGCUGCCUCCGCCCGCUCUGCCAGGUCAAAGGUGAAAGUUGAGAAGGCCAGCGAUGCUCAGGAGGAGGACAGUCCAAAGACAAGCGCCUCCGACUUCCUGCAAGUGAAAGGUCAAGGUCACAGGGUCAGAGCUCAGAGCUCCAGACCAAAGUCAGCGGAAGACCCUCCCUCCGAGUCUCUCAGUCCCCCCAGGGGCUCCGCUAUUCAGUUGGAGACGGCCAGCAUCAGUGACAGCCUCCUCUCCCAGUUCCUGUCAGCUGCUGACCUGCUCAAGGGGAACAUAGUCAUCUUGCGCCCCUCCAGCCCUGCAGGGUCAAAGGUUAGCCUCACUGAGAAUGGGAAGAGUGGAAAGAGCCAGAGGAGCAGGAAGCCCAGACAGGAAGAGACGGAGUUAGAGGAGCUGGAUCCCCUCUGUCUGCCCAACACCUCGCCCAACGACGUUGUCAGUGAUUGGCUGAGAGGCAUUCCUGCCGACAGCGGCAUGGAUAAUCCUGAAGACGAGAUGAACGAGGGAAUUGAGGAGACAGAAGAAGAAGGAGAGGAAGCGUUGGAGAAAGGAGGGGAAACAGAGGGAGUGGGAGGAGAGGAGAAACAAGAACCGGUUGAGACCGCAGUGCUGGAGCAGGAGAACACGGCUGAAACAGGACAACAGGAAGUGGAACAGGAGAACACAGCUGAAACAGGACAACAGGAAGAGGAAGUGGAACAGGAGAUCACGGCUGAAAUAGGACAACAGGAAGUGGAACAGGAGAACACAGCUGAAACAGGACAACAGGACGAGGAAGUGGAACAGGAGAUCACGGCUGAAACAGGACAACAGGAAGUGGAAGAGGAACAGGAGAACACGGCUGAAACAGGACAACAGGAAGAGAAAGAGGAAGUGAAGGAGGCUGCAGAGCACCCAGAGGAAGAUGAGGAGGUGGAAGAGAGGGGAGAGGAGGAGGGAGCAGAAGAGGGAGGAGAGUGCUCUGAGUGUGCUGGCUUAUGCUCUGACCCAGCCCCGACCACCAAUGACAUCACUUCCUCUCAUCCUCGCCAUCUGUUCCUCAGUAAAGAGUCAAAGCUGCCCUGGAGCUGCCACUCAUCUGUGGCAGUGAUGAAGGUUCUACUGAGCCCUUCACUGGGCCGAUGCAGCUCCCUACCCGAGGUAUUUCCUGUUUCUAGGCUUUUACUUACUUACUUUUACUUCCCAGUGAGCACAAGACGUUGAAAAGUAUUUUCAAUGUCUUUUCAACAUCUUUUCAACCCCAAAUAUGUAUUUCCUAAAUCUUUUGCUCAUAGGGUUAAAUACUUUAUAGUUUUACUUAUAUACUUCUUACUUUUAAACUGUUAUUAUUUUCCUACUUUUAUUGUGUCAUAUUCACAUGGUUUGUAUGACUUUCAGGGGGAGAAUAAAACACAUUUUGAUGCAAGUUAUUCCUAAUUCUUAAUCCUUUACUCCAGAUAAGUCCUGUGUACGGACGCAGACUGAGCUCCUCUGCUAAAGGUCUGCUGGACUGUCUGGCCCAGCUGCAGCUCAUCGACCCGCCCCCUUCUCCAGCUGCAGCCCCGAGCCCUGACAGGGGCCAGAGUUACCAAGAGGUCAUGGAUAUACUAGAGUCACUGUGGCUGUCUGAGCCUGAGAAGGGGAAGGAGAGGCUGAAAGACUCUGGUGUGGACCUGAGCAGCGGCUCAGCUGGGUCGGGGGGUUCUGGGAAAGGCAGACCAGAUGAAACAGCAGGUGACAUCACUCCCAUAGCGGAGGGAGGGGAGGGGGAGGCAGGAGAGACAGAGGGAGAGACAGAGGGAGGGGGAGAGGAAGGAGAGGGAGAGGGAGGGGGAGAGGGAGAGGGAGGGGGAGGGGGAGAGGAAGGAGAGGGAGAGACAGAAGGAGGGGGAGAGGAAGGAGAGGGAGAGGGAGGGAGGGAGGGAGGGGGAGAGGAAGCAGCAUCAGCAGAACUGCUUUCAGACACGACCACCCCAGACAUCGCCAGCCGAGUGCAGAGCAGUCCAGGGGAUGAUGAGGCGGUCCCAGAGUUGCCCGCUGGGAGAGGUGAGAUGAUGCGCACCCCUGAGAGCCUCAAAGCCCCAGGGAGCCCGUCCUCUUCAAACAGCACAGCCUACAAGUCCCCUACUGACAUAGAGAGAGAAACCCCGGAAGACACCCCCAGCUCAGGGACACCCCCGUCGGUCCAGCGAGCGCUGCUCACCAAGCGUGUCUCCCAGGACCCUGACCCAGUCUGGGUUCUCAACCUGCUGAAGAAGCUGGAGAAACAGUUCAUGACCCACUACGUAGACGCCAUGGCUGAGUUCAAGGUACUGAUGCAACAACAUGAAUCAUCAUCAUCAACAUCAAAUCAAAUCAAAUUUUAUUGGUCACAUGCGCCGAAUACAACAGGUGCAGACAUUACAGUGAAAUGCUUACUUACAGCCCUUAACCAACAGUGCAUUUAUUUUAAACAAAAAAGUAAGAAUAAAACAACAACAAAAAAGUGUUGAGAAAAAAAAAGAGCAGAAGUAAAAUAAAGUGACAGUAGGGAGGCUAUAUAUACAGUAAAAUAAAGUGACAGUAGGGAGGCUAUAUAUACAGGGGGGUACCGUUGCAGAGUCAAUGUGCGGGGGCACCGGCUAGUUGAGGUAGUUGAGGUAAUAUGUACAUGUGGGUAGAGUUAAAGUGACUAUGCAUAAAUACUUAACAGAGUAGCAGCAGCGUAAAAAGGAUGGGGUGGGGGGGCAGUGCAAAUAGUCCGGGUAGCCAUGAUUAGCUGUUCAGUAGUCUUAUGGCUUGGGGGUAGAAGCUGUUGAGAAGUCUUUUGGACCUAGACUUGGCACUCCGGUACCGCUUGCCGUGCGGUAGCAGAGAGAACAGUCUAUGACUAGGGUGGCUGGAGUCUUUGACAAUUUUGAGGGCCUUCCUCUGACACCGCCUGGUAUAGAGGUCCUGGAUGGCAGGGAGCUUUGCCCCAGUGAUGUACUGUAAUCAUUUUGUUAUGAAUAAUCUUGAUAAUACUGUUGUGUUUGUUCAGGUACGGUGGGACCUGGACGACAAUGUGAUGUUGGACGCUAUGAUCACUGAGCUGAGAGACGAGGUGAAGAAGAGGAUCCAGACGAGCAUCGAUCGUGAGCUGAGGAAGAUCCGGGGGCGGGCAGGGCGGGGGGGCAUGCCGCGCCCCCCUAUCCUGUCCCGGGAUUCAACCGUUACAGACCAGAGGAGGCGGAGGUUAAAGGUGGGAGGGACCAACACCUGAGGUUUCUAAAUCACCCUCAAAGUCACUCAGUAACAAAGCCACUAUUUUAGUUCAACAACUUUUAAAAGACUUUUAGUAAGACUUUAUUACAUAAUAUAUUUUUAAUUCCUAUUGUUAGUGUAUUGCCAUGUUUCGAAUGCAUUCCUAAUAAAGUUUGACUGUGCUUUGAAGGUCAUGAAGGUUCAGUCAGUGAACGAGAGUGACGGGGAGCAGGGUUCGGGGGCGGAUGUUAGCGACCAGCGCAGCGAGGGGGAGGAUGAGUACUGUCCCUGUGAAGCCUGCGUACGGAAGAAGGCGGAUGCCCAACAAAUCAAAAUGGAGGCUAUGGUCACCACAGCGCCGGUGAUGAUGGCGUUUGAUCUACGUAAGAUCCUGCAGAUGAAGAAAGACCCAAAGCCUCUGGCGCCCCCUAGCCCCACGGAGGGGAAGAACAAUGAUUGCCUGGAAUUGGAGGAGAAGAAGGAGGAGGAAGAGGGUGGGAAUCUAGAGAUGGUACACAAAGACGAGGAAGAGGAGGAUAUUAUACCAACUGUUGUCAUACAGGAAACUAUCCCUGAGGAGGAAGAGGAAGGAGCAACUGAGGGAGAGGAGGGAGAGGAGGAGGCACAGGAGAGUGAUGAAGCUGAGUCUGUGAUGGGGGAAGUAGAGGAGGAGAUAGCUGAGGAGAUAGAUGCUGAAGAACAAGAGCAGGAUGGAGUGGUAGAGCGAACGGAGGAUGAGGAGGAGGAGGACGAAGGAGAAAUGGGAGGUGAAAGUGCAGGAGAAGAUGGUGUGGAGGGGGAGGAGACAGGAGAGGGGGAGGAGUUAGUAGAAGGGGAAGAGGAAGAAGCAGUACAGGAGGAUCAAGCAGGAGGAGAUGAAAACACUAUUGAUGGACCAGCAGAGGGGGAGGAGGUGGCGGAAGAGACGGGAGAGGGGGAGGAGACGGGGGAGGAGGGAGUAGAGACAGGAGAGGGAACAGCUGAGGAGGAGGGUGGAGAAACAGCUGGAGGAGAGGGAGCAGUGGAGGAGGAGACAGAGGAGGCUGGAACAGGAGGAGAGGAGGAGGAGGAUGGAGGAGAGGAGGCGGAGGAGGGUGGAACAGGAGGAGAGGAGGAGGAGGAUGGAGGAGACGACGAGGAGGAGGAGAACAAUGUGGCGUCUGAAUUCAAGGUGGAAGAAGAGGAGGGAGAGAAUGAAAACACAGCAGGAGAGAAAAGUGGAGAGGAGGAGGGAGGGACGGGAGGAGAAGGAGAGACAGAGGGAGAAGAAGAGGAGACUCCUGAGGAAGGCACAGAGGACAACGUGGGGGUGGAGGAUGAUGCUGUGGAGGAGUUUCAUCCUGAAGAAGAGAAGGGUGAGGAGACAGAGGGAAAGAGACAAUUCCCUCUGGUCCACCAGAUGACCAGAACCUCUGUGGAGUCCCAGCCAGGAUCUAUGGAGAACACAGACCCAGUUUCACCAAUGCGCUCUUUAACCCCCAUAGAGACCAAGGAAACCGGCUCUGAUGGACACAAGAUGGCGUCUGCCGGGGAGGGGUCUGGGGGGAAAGGCCAGAGGAGGAGCCGAUCUCCAGCCAGAGCCAAACGCAGGAAACCAAAAGAGAGCAACAUAGAACUAGACGAUCUAGAAAUGUAA